UCUGUGAUGUGAUAAUUCUUAUCACAAAUUCGAAUUUCGAAAGAAAAUAUUUUCUUUCCCAUCAAAUCGAAUGAAUUUUCCAGUUUUCUCUUAUUAAUUUUGUUAAUUUGGUAAUUAUUAAAAAUGCUGUUGUGAUUGUUUUCCCAUAUACAUAAUUUGUGCUGAGAGAUUGUCGCCCAUUAAAGAAAAAUGAACGUUUCACUCGAGCAAUUUGAUUCUCCGAAUUUCAACCCCAAUAAAUAUGUUAAAGAAAUAUCUCACGGAUGCGUUGGAGGCGUAGAAUUUCAGCAACAGCGCUUGAAAAUUCAAAAUAUAGCAGACGAAACGAGUAACCUUCUCAAGAAAAAUGUGUACAGGAACUACACCCUAUUUAUUGAAACUGCGAAAGAGAUAUCACGUUUGGAAGGCGAUAUGUAUCAGCUUUCUCAUCUGCUUUCGGAACAGCGAUCAUUGUUAAGUACACUAGCUACAACUUCCAUGUUUGAAGAUCAGAAAAGGAUUCAUCUUAGUGAAACUGAAAGUAAAGAUGAUGAUGAAGACGCAGAUAUGAAAAGAAGACAGGCUCUUUCAGAUGUCGCUGAAAAAAUCGAAGGCUGCAUUAACCUGACUGAAAAUUCUGGCCGUCAGUAUUUAUACGAAGGAGACUUGACUGAGCUUGAUGCGAUAGAUAAUUCACAAAUUUGUAAAUUACGUGCGUAUUUAUUAUCUGAUGUGCUACUGUUAGCUUCGACAACUACGAGCCGGCGUUCACCUGCCGUGUACAAGUUAGAAACAGUAUACGAUGUCAAUAAUUUAGCCAUAGUCAAUGUGAAAGACGUUAAAAACGCUAUAAAGCUGUUGGCAUUUCCCGAUACCAGAGUUUUUCAAGUCACCAGCUCUCAAGCUAAAAAAGAAUGGUUGGAAAAAUUUGAUGAAGCCAAAAAAUUGUUGAUGACUGGGCACAGCAGGAAACGUGGAAGCAUCAGUGUAGAACAAAAAUCUCCUGCUCGAAAUGUGAAUGUUGAAUCAACUAACCCUUUCGACGAAGUUGAAGAUGAAGUCGAUAGUGGAGAAACUGUUCCAGGAUGGCUUCUAGAAGUAGCUGAAGAUUUAGAUGUUUUAAUUGUUGAAAGACAUUUCGAAGAUGCUUAUUUUCUAAUUGAAAAAACGAAAAAUUAUUUAAAAGAAAAUCCGCCUGCUAAUGAAAUUUUAAUUCAAGAUAUUCAAGGAAAAGUUGAUAUUCGUGUAAAAACGCUCACACAAAUUUUAACCAAAGAAUUGGAAAUUACUCCAGAGAAAUCUCAUCAAGGAGGUCUUCGUGCUGCUCGAAGAUCUGUUCGAUUACUAAAUACCUUACAAAAAUCUACUCAAGCAUGUGAUUUAUUUUUGAAACUAUGCAGUAAUAUUCUGAAAUCUCAAUUAUCUACUGUCAAAGGAGAGACCACAAAUGCUUCAUAUGUCAGACAACUGUCUGCUGUAUUUUUCUCCAACUUGUGUUACAUGGCCAAAGAAUUUCAAUACCAAGCAUUCCCAAACAAUCCAUAUUGCGCGUCGUCUUUCAUAGUAUGGUGUACGAAGGAAGUUAGUAACUUCGUAUCUCGAUUAGUAAGACAAGUUUUCUUUCCUCAAGUAUCUUUGGCGAUUUUGCACAAAUGUGUCGAGCAUCUAAAAUUUUAUAGCAAGCAGUUAUCAGAUGACGGUAUCGAUGUGAUUUAUCUAAUUGAUGGGCAUUUGAGAACUCCGCUGACUAGAAUUUUGUUGGAAACUCGCAAUAAAUUAGCGGAAAGUGUAAAUACGAAAAUCGUCGAAGAAAAGUGGCAUUUAACGAAUUUGAAGUCCAAACAACAGACAGAAAAGUUGGUUUCUGAGUUCAAUAAUUUGGGAAUUUCUGGCACUGAAAAAUACAUUCAAGAUGCGUGCUUUUUCCAACUUACGAGCAAUACGAUAUGGUUUUGUCGUGUGUUCAUUCAAUUCAUCGAAAAUUCAGCUUUCGAAAUCGCAAGUAUCGAAUAUGAAGUCGAACAAGCGGUUUGUGAUAUAUUACUCAGAUUUACGGAACAAAUCAUUCAAGCACUGUACAAUGAAGAAUUUAGAAAUGAAAGACGAAUUAUUGAAAUCAAUGGCAAAUUUCUUGCUGAAGAAUUUAUACCAUUCUGCGAAGCUUUGUAUAGAAAGCGGCAUAAAAUCGGUUCUAUUAAAUUGAAACAAAUAAGGAACGAGUUUAAUGAUUCGUUGAACGAGAACACGAUUACAGGAUGAUUUUUCACGGUGCAAAAUUACGUCAUUUAUUACAUACACAUAACCUACCCAUCAUCAUUAUUGUUUGUACUCGUACUCCGUACAAUUUACCCUAACGUAUAAAUAAUUCAUAAGUCAAGGCAUGAUGUGAAAAAAUAACCUAUAUUUUUGUAUUAAACAUAUCAGCAAUUUAUAUAACUAUUACAAUUCUCUUUCUAAAAUUCAA